GACUCACGGAGCGGGAGGCGGAGGCUCAGGCGGCCGCUCCCGCUGCUGCUGUUGCUGCUGCUGCUGCCGCCGCCGCCGCCGCCGCCGCCGCCGCCGCCGCCGCCGCCGCCUCUGCUGCUGCUGCCGCCGCCGCCGCCGCGGCUGCUCGGGCUGAGCGCGCCCCGGAACAGGCCGCCGCGCGCGGUGCACGGACCCGCAGCCCCCGCCGGCCCGGCCGGGUCUGGCGGCCCAGGGCCCCACCUUCCUAUUUCUCCCCGGCCACAGCCCGCCCAUCACAGUUGAGGAGCUGUUUGCCUGAAGUUAAUUUCCGGAGGCAGUGACACUCCUGAUGCAGAUUCUGUCUAGAAUGGAACCGUGUGAACCAGUCUUGAUGCCGUCCUCUAUUUGGGAUUGAAGUGUGGGGCAGGCCUGUGUGCUCGUGGCUCCUACAUUCUGCCCCAGAUCCAGCCCCCAGGAGCCCCCAGGGCUGGCCAGGGGAUGAACCGCGAGGGGGCGCCCGGGAAGAGCCCGGAGGAGACGUACAUUCAGCAGAAGGUUCGAGUGCUGCUCAUGCUGAGGAAGAUGGGAUCGAAUCUGACGGCCAGCGAGGAAGAGUUCCUGCGCACCUACGCGGGGGUGGUGAACAGCCAGCUCAGCCAGCUGCCCCAGCACUCCAUCGACCAGGGUGCCGAGGAUGUGGUGAUGGCGUUUUCCAGGUCGGAGACGGAGGACCGGAGGCAAUAGCGGUGAACCCCUUGGAACACCCUGGAAGCUGCCAGAAGAUCUGUGAGGACCUCGACCAGCUGAGUGGCGGCAGAUGACCUUCCCGGUUCCCCCUGCCCUUACACCCCCACCCCGCCCCGCCCCACAGUCACUCAGCAGGGCUGGCAUCGAGGGAGCCACCGGUGGUGCAGUUACAAUUGGCUUGAAGGGACGGACUCCUGAUUGGCUGCAGAAAGAAACCCUUUUAUUUUUAAAUCUUGACCAACAGACACCUUUUAUUUUUAUUUCUGACUUUUUUUUUUUUUUUUUUUUUUUUUUUAAUUUGCGCCUCGGUGUAUGGCUUCCCAGGAAGCUCUCCGAGAUCUGGUGCUUUAUUUAGGUCACUUUUUAGGAAUGUGAAGAGUCCUGAUUGGCUGCUUAAACUGGAAAAGGAUUUUGAUUGGCCGGCUAGUGGGAAAUGGUUUUUUUCUUUGAUUGGCUGCAGGUGUUCUGCUGAUAGCAACAGCUUCUCUCUUUUGAAUGCUGAAAACAGGGUUCGGGACAUUGGUUGUUAUAUUUGACUUGAAAAGGAAAAAAAAAAAAAAAAAAGAAAGAAAAGAAAGAAAGAAACCAAGUGCGCUCUGCAAUAUUUAUUACACAAAGCUUGCUGCUGCUUCCCCAAGUUUUGUUUGUGUUUGCCUUUGAUUGGCUUUUGAGAUGUGUGUUUGGUUUCUCAUUGGCUCAUCCAUGACUCCCGUUGCCACGGGCUGCCCCCGCCCCGUGGGGGAUCCACCGGGAGAGUGUGUUUGCUUUAAUGACCGCACCUGGCUGCCCUGGCCAGGGGUCCCCCAAGACCUCAUACAGGGUCUACAGCUGGAAAGCAGAGCCCCCGAGGAGGUUUGUGCCGUCCUGAAGGCACAGGCUAGAGCUUAGAGGUGACCACCAGGCAGGAUUUACGGGCAUCGCUUCCAUGGCUUGGCAAGCAGCCAGCUCCCCACGGGGGUGGGGGUGGGGAGUUGUUCAUCCCCAUCUGGGCCUCUUGGGGCUGCCGGUGCUCAGCUGAGGGGCACCGCUCUGGACGGCUGGGGCUUCUCCUGUAAAGGGCAGGAGCUGCUCCCAGCCCUGAGACUCCACAGUGCAGCAGAGGUUUCUGCCUGGGAGCCCAGAACCUCGCAAAGCUUGGCCCACAAAGCCGGGGAGACCUUUGGCUCUAAACCCCCAGCCCUGACCUCCGCUAGCCAGGCUCCCAAGGUGUGGGCCGCUGGGCAGUAGGGCCUAGCCAGCCCUCGGAGUUCUCGGAUCCCAGGCCGGUGCCCCUCACUGCACCGCCUCCAAAAGGGUCUCUCUCCAUGUCAGCCUGGAAUGGACAGAGUCACCGUUUAUUUAUGAAGUGCCACCUGAGACAGCUGGCUGCGCCAUCACUGAGCGGGUCCCACCCCGCUGGCCCUCAAGCCAGGUCCCCAGAAACACGUUGCCGAGCAGCCGUAUGUGAAGGGCUGGAAGAAGCCCCGGGUCUUCCCCCCCUGUCCUCCCCGUGCGCUUGGGGCUAGCCUGCCCUUCUCCCUGUAUCUCUCACCAGAGCGGAACCCAGGAGGGGAGGCGGAGAACGAUGCAGGCCUCAGGGACGGGGGCCUCCACCCUCCUCCGAGACAGUAAAUGGCUGAGGCCCUCUUUUUGCCCCAGGUAUCCCGAGCCAGGAGAAGACCCUAGGAGCGAAAUCUCCCCCUUCUCAGGGCUAGGGCUGUCCUGGAUCACAGGAGCUGCCUCAGGACCAUGUGGGCGGUCGUGCUGUGCUCUGAGCAUCGUCUGGGCCUUGCCCCAGGAGGACUUGCGUGUCAUAGUAUCCAUGACCCUGACCUCCACACGUGGGCCCCUGGCCCUGGUCAGCUGACCUGGUUAGGUUACCCUGCAAAGACUGUUGGUCCCCAGGGAACAAGGACCGUGGGGACUCCAGCAGGGGCCUGACGGCAUCUUCUUGCAGGAGCCGUGGCGCGUGUGCGCAUCCGCAAACACACUCCCAGCUCCGUGGCCUGCAGCCCCAGCUGAGCCCCUGGGGAAAGGGGAGCUUUUUCCCAGUGCCCUCUCCCAGGCUGUGACAUCUGCCAGCAGGCAUCAAUGGCGUGUUGCCAUCUGCCCCCUCUUCGUACCUGUAGCUCCCGUAAAGGGUCCAUGUCCUGGCCAGUGGUGUGUACUCUGCCCCAGCCUGCCCUCGUCAAGGUCACGGGCCUGCCACUUAAAACAGCGAUGGCCGAGAUCUGUCUGAACGGGAGAAGUGAAGGUGUUGCUGUGGCUCCAUAUUUCAAUGAAAAAUAUAUCUGUUGGAGAAAAAAAAUUAACAAUAAAGAUUUUUAAUAGC